CAAUAUUCCAUACAGCACUGACUUAGAACAUCCCAGUUUUCCCUCACCAUCCCCUUUCUCUUCAUAUCCAAAGCUACUCACUCCGCAAACCCAAAAAAAAAACCCAGAAAAAAUGGCAGAGGGUGCUGUGUUCGAACUUCUAUCCAACUUCGCACCCUAUCUCCGGGAGGAGUUGAACUUGUUGACCGGAGUAUGGGAAGACAUCGAAUACAUAAGAGGCGAAUUUGAGCACAUGACACAUUUCCUCAGAGUUGCUGAUGCUAUAGAAGAUAGAGACCCGAAACUCAAAGUAUGGGUGAAGCACGUUCGAGAAGCUGCAUAUGACACUGCAGAUGCUCUUGACAUGUACAUGCUUCGCCUCAGACAUCAUCAUAGCACCGGAUUCUGCGACUUUUUUCGUAAGGUUUCUUUCUUUAUUAAGACUUUAAAAGCUCGCCACCAAAUUGCUUCUGAAGUUAAAGGAAUCAAGUUCAGAAUCCUCAAUGUUUCAGAGGGACAUCAACGAUAUAGUGACAAAUAUGGAAAAAUAGAGCAAGGCUCAAGCUCUACUUAUUCAGACAUCGCAUGGUAUGAUUGCCGUGGCGACGCCCUUCUACUCCAAGAAGCUGACCUUGUGGGCGUUGACAAGCCCAAAUCACACUUGAUUCAGUGGCUAGUGGAUGAGGAUCCUCGACUCAAGGUGCUUUCUGUAGCAGGAAUGGGAGGAUUGGGUAAAACCACCCUUACAAAAAAAGUCUACGACGACGUAGCAGUGAAGAGGCACUUCCAGAACCACGUUUGGAUCACCGUUUCUGAAUCAUUCAAGGUUGAAGAGCUUUUAAAAGACAUGAUUCAAGUGCUAUUUGAAAAAGUCAGAGAACCACUCCCACGGGGUGUGGACAAUAUGGAUGUAAACAGCUUGAAAGGUAUAAUUAAUGCCUUUUUGCAGCAAAAGAGGUAUGUGCUUGUUAUGGAUGAUGUAUGGAGUAUUUAUGCAUGGCAAGUUUUAAGAAUCGUACUUCCUGAAUGCAAUUGCGGCAGUCGAGUAAUUCUAACAACAAGAAAUGGAGAUUUAGCAUCUUUUGCUAGCGAAGCAUAUCAUGGCAUGGUGUAUAAUCUCAAGCCCUUACCUCCAAAUGAUUCAUGGGCCUUGUUUUGCUUAAAGAUAUUCAAGGAGAAUUCUUGUCCUUCGUAUUUGGAAGAUCUUUCAAAAAACAUCUUAAAAAAAUGCGAGGGGUUGCCCCUUGCAAUAGUGGCAAUAAGUGGUUUGUUAUCAACAAAAGAGAAGAGUGUGGAUGAGUGGGAGAGAAUUUAUCGCUGUCUUGGUGCAGAACUAGAAGGAAAUGACAAACUCAUAAGCAUGACUAAGAUAUUGUCCCUCAGUUACUUUGAUUUGCCUUACUAUCUUAAGUUAUGUUUUUUGUACUUGAGCAUUUUUCCAGAAGAUUGUCUCAUUGAUCACUGGAGACUAAUUCGGUUGUGGGUGGCGGAAGGCUUUGUAGAAGCAAAAGAAGGAAUGACAACAGAAGAAGCUGCUGAUGGCUAUCUCAAUGAGCUAAUGAAUAGAAGUUUAGUUCAAGUGACACACGUCGGGAGAGAUGGAAGGUUCAAAGCUUAUCGGAUCCAUGACCUUUGGCGUGAAAUGAUUAUUGCAAAGUCAAGAGAGCAAAACAUUGUCACAAUAGCGAGUGAAAGAGGCAGAGCGUGGCCGGAGAAAUUGCGACGCCUCUCAGUCCACCAUAAUUUGGAAGAUAUUCAGCAAAGCAUUUGUUUUACUCGCCUUCGUUCUUUACUCGUGUUUAGCGCAACAAAUUCGUUGUCCAUAUUGUCAAAGGUUACAUCCUUAGGCAAAGGUGUAAGGCUACUAACGGUGUUAGACUUGAGAGGAGCACAAUUGGAUGCAUUUCCCAAUGAAAUUGUCAACCUCCUUAAUCUUACUUAUUUAAGUUUGAGGGGGACAAAUGUAAAGAUGAUCCCAAAAUCGAUCGGAAAACUCAAGAAACUAGAAACGUUGGAUCUGAAACGAACAUAUGUCACUGAGUUGCCUUAUGAGAUCUUAAAGCUCCAACAUCUUCGCCAUCUCUUGUUGUAUCGCCAUGAUUUCCGUUGUUAUUCUCACUGUUCAUUUGGCUUCAAAGCCCCGGUGGGAAUAGGAAGUUUGUCGUACUUGCAGAAACUAUGUGGUAUUGAAGCAAACCAUGGGAGUAAUAGUGGCAUUGUUCUAAGAGAGGUGGGGAAGCUAACUCAAGUGAGGAGAUUGGUCAUUUUAAGACUACAGAAGGAAGAUGGGGCGGUGCUUUGUUCAUCUCUUGAGAAGCUAUACAACCUUCGCUCGUUGUUCGUUGGGGCGAAAGAAGAAGAUGAGAUCAUUGAUUUAGAUUCUCUGUCUUUGCCGCCUCCACUUCUUCAAAAACUCUAUCUAUGUGGACCUUUGGAAAAGAUACCGCGCUAGAUACCAUCUCUUCACAACCUGAAAAGGUUAUAUUUAAAGUGGAGUAAGUUGAAAGAUGUUGAUCCACUGCAAUCCGUUCAAGAUUUGCCAAAUUUGCUUUCCUUUGAACUUCGUACUUCAUAUGAAGGAGAUGGAUUACAUUUCAAGGCUGGUGGGUUUCAAAAGCUUAAACAAUUGUGGUUGGCUAACUUAGUAGGAUUAAAAUGGGUGAGAGUG